ACUCUCAUGUCUGAUAAUGGAAAUGGACCUUCACAACCUCCCGCUGACUCGUCCCAAACAAUGUCCUUCAGAUCUGAGCACCCCACACGGCUUUCAGACGCGGAAUGUGUGGAGAAAUGCAAUGAACUCGUCGAACAAUAUCGAAGACGAGAGAAUCCCAAAGUCGACACUAUCCUUGCCUUGCGGCAAACGCUUCUCGAUUCACCAACCGUCGAGGAGGGAGGAAGUCUUCCUGAUGCCCUCGCCGUCUUCGUCAGUAUGCUCGACUCCAUUGAUAGAGCGAAUGGGAAAGCUGCCGAACGAGGAAAAGAGCGAGGUCACGAACGAGGAAAAGAGCGAGGUCAGUCUUCCCAACAGCAGGAAGCGGAUGGGAGAACCACUGAACCAGGAGAUGAGGAUCAAGAGGGCGAAGAAAGAGUCAGGAGAGAGCGGGACAGUUCCGAGUCUUCUGAUGAGGAUGAGCGACCCUCCAAGCGUUCAAAGGGCCGUCUUGACACCUCCAAGUUCCCAUGGCAUGAAAAACGUGUCAGCGCCAUUGCCGCUUUAUCACCGGAUAUCAAGCAAACCUUUGAACAGCUCGAACGUUUCUCAGUCGAUCCCAAAGGGGUCGUCAGAGAUAUCCUUUCCACUCCCGGAUGUCCUCCAUUUCCCCCAGAACAAUGGCUCAAUAUUGUCCAAUGGAAAGUCGUUGACUUGGGCAAGGUCCUCGAGGCGGCGCACUCAACCGACUUGGAGCCAAAACAAACGCACGUCAUUGAUGACAAGGUUGAGCUCUCCUUUCGGGCAAGUAAAUCCACAGCCGGAAUCCACUCCGCUUCAGAUCACAACAUUGCCUUCACCAAAUACAUCAACGCGCUCACCUUCGUCUUCCCUCAGCGCUGGGAAGAAUACACCAGCUGGAAUGCCCACAUGUCAGGUCUCUUCCACGCCUUCGAAACGUCACGUCAUUCGCGAGUUAUUGAAUACGACAAGGCCGCCCGCACCUUGGUCUCACUCCAACGACACAUUCGCCUCACUGAUUAUUCCGCAUUUGGCGAACUCCAAUACACCUUCCUGUCCUCCUUUGGUGUGGGUCCCAAUUCCUCUGAAUCAGGCACUGGCGGAGGAGGGAAGUCAGAUAGGACAAGUGGAGGAGGAGGAAGGAAACGAGAACCUUGCCACAAGUGGAAUCGGGGCACCUGUCUCAAAUCUUCCUCCGAAUGUUACUUCUCGCACUGCUGUGACAGGAAAGGUUGUCGAGGAGCUCACAAAAAAUCAGAUUGUCCUCGCCUCGGCAAAACCGGUGAAGGAUCCAAAUAG